UUUUAGCCUACAUUUUUUUAUGCAUUGCGCGGUUGUGCUGACACAGUGACAGUUCCUUCUUCAUUUUCGCUUUUGUCACUUUAUAAACAAACGAGAAAGCUGUUCCUGGUGUUGUUGAUGAUAGGUAAAAUGCAUAGGCUUAUUUGUACUUUUUUUUAAGUUAAGACAAUCAAAUCCAAUUAUCUGGGAUGUAGGCCUCGUGGAUCAGCUGGCCUACACUACACAAAACUUCAAAAGAUGGUGGACAUGGAAAGUCUUUGCUGGAAUUCAGAGAAAGAUAUCACCCCCAGAUCCAUGUAUUUAGAGGAUAAAUGGCCAAGAGUUGUCAAGUCAACUGGUGGGUAUUAUGGGGUUAGCGACUGCGAAACAUUUAGUGCUGGCGAUGAGUUGGUGAUGAUAGGACACAAGGGUUUUCCAAGGCUUAUUGCUCAUAAAUACAAAAAGUGCCAGCCAGACGAUGCUGAGUUGCCACUGCUGGUGGCCUUGGAUGCUAUCAAACAAAAGGGCAGUGGAUACAGCAUCCCUCUGAUGUUGACUGGUGAGGGUCACCAGUUGUGCACGGUGCAGAUUCUUCCGCUGAGACAGUCCGAUUAUGUGUACAAAACCGCAAAAGAACUUUUAGAAACAUUUCCAAGAUUUGUGAAAGUUAAUCGCUCUUUUUCCAUCCACCCUCGAAAACCAACGGUUAAAAAAGGGACCGUCCUCGAACUUCUUCAGACUGAUCUCAGGAUGGAGGCUGAAGGAAAUGGACCGUCAAAGUUCCUGAUAUGUGCCUGUCUUGAUCAAAGGAUUCCCCUGAAAAUGGAUACUAGGGGCGAUUUCACGGUUGACGACGACCAAUGCCGUUACACAUUGAAGGAAGUUGUGGAACGCUUCCCACUUCCACAGCGAAUUCAUUUUACUUCCAUGCCACAAGGACUAAAAACCAAUGAUAUUGUUCUUUUUGAUGAGGUGAAUUACGAUGUUGUAAUCUCCAUUCCACUAGCUGCAGUUGCAGAUGAAACACUUACUGCAAUAACGGACUUUGACAUGAUCUACUUUCCAGUUAGUUCUGAACUCGAGUUCAAUGACUGUUCCUCAGACAGAUAUUCUGAUGCGUACAAGAAAGUGAUUGAACAAUGUCAUACAAACUUUGGAAUGGGUCACUUCAAGGACGUAAAUAUGGUUUGCAAGGAGGUGUGUAUGUUGGAGAUUCAGUUCUAUCCAUAUGAUAAAGUGUAUGGACUUCCAAGUGCAAGGAAACGUCCACCUUUGGUACCAGCAAAGCCGAAUAUGACUAUGACUUCAGGUAACCGUUCUCCUGCACUUCCUACCAGUGAUAGUUCUUGCGAUUUACAUGACCAAAGGAGCCAUUCCGAUGAAGAAUCUGGCUUUGACCGGCCCAUCUCAUGCUACGAUGAGGCAGGAAACUGGAUUAGAGAAAGUGGAAAGGACAGCUCAAAAACGGAGCCUCCGGCAUUGCCACCAAAACCAAUCUUGAGGAAAACAAGAGCAGCCACCUUGCCUGCCCUACAUUGUCAACCAAGUCCUCCACUGGUAUCCAUCAUAGACCGACCUGAACCCAAAUUUGACAGGGGUGACAAAAAUAGAGGAAAUAAGUAUCACAAUGUGACAUUUAAAGUGGCCAAAAAGUUUGGAAACCUUUUUCAAAGGUCUAACUCUAACAUUGGUGAUGCAGGUACCCCAGUGCUAAACAACCAGUGCAAUCUAUCUGAUCAGGAGGGUAAGAAAGACUGUCCAGUCAGUAUUGAUACUGAUGAUAGCAAUGAUGACGAAUAUGACUACCCCGAGGAUGUGGCAGAGUGGCGCGGUAUUCCGCCAGGUUCUCAGGACUAUGUAAACCAGCCACCACCUACUGGUGCCCUGCCUCAGGAGGCUGUGAAUAAGGUAUUUAAGGGGAAGACUUUAAAAAUGGUAAAUUUGAAAAAGUUGGAAUCAAGUCGGUUGAAAAAACAGGACAAUAUACUCAAGCCAAGGAAAAACAAUCAAAACUUCUCGAAGGUGCCAGCGCUAAAUGAUGGUGAUAACAGCAAAUCCUCGACUGCAUUGUCCUGUGCAGUUUCGAAAAAAUGUAUUGCAGAUUAUUCUGUGGUAGAAGUCGCCAAUUUUGUACGGGAGGCUGGUCAGGUGCGGAUCGCUGCGUUACUGGAAGAAAACAUGGUUGAUGGCGACUUUUUCAGGUGUCUCCACAUUGAACAGUUAAUUUGUGCUCCGUUCAAUGCCUCACCAUUUGAAAUCGAGGCUUUGAAGAGGAUACAGAAGGGAAAACUUCCAAAGAAGAUCUAAGGUUUGAUUUUGGAAUGAAACCCAGGGAUUAAAACUGACACUGCACACAUGAAACUUAGCCUGUCACUUAUUGUUCGUGAAAUAUAAAAAAAGUCCUGGAGUGCAUCAUGGCCAUGGUCAUAGGGUCUUUUUUAUACUUCUGAAUGUUAUGGAAAUAUGCUGUAAUGAGAUCUGUCCAUAACUUACAAAAUGGACCUCAAACAUGUUUGAGGCAGUACCCAUGUUGGGCCUGGAUGAUAAAAUGUGCCAUGUGGGAUAUGGUUGAAAGUUGAAGUAUUUUGAUUGCAAAUACAUUUAAGGCCUACUUAUAAGUGCUUUAGUACUAUGAAAGAAAUGUGCCAAGAAGAGUGUCCAUUUUUAACUUGGGACAUAAUAUGUCUUUUUAUAGGCUUUUUUAUUGGAAGUUCUAUUCCUUCAGUUGGGCAUACAAAUGUACCUAGUAGUGGUAGUCUGAUUGUGAUCACGGCCGAGCCAUGUGAUUGAUAAGUUUGGUGUAGAAUAUUUUAAGUAUUGUAUGCACAAUAUAUUUUAUUCAUUGUGAAUGGGACGAUUCUUCAUUGAAAUGCCACCAGGGUAGUGCCAGUACUAUUCCACUGAGAUCUGAUCUCAAUCUGUUGUAUUUUUAUUUCUCAAAACCAUUUGAAACUCCUACAUACAUGAUGUUUUUGAUACUUGAACUAAAUUGUAUGUGUCUGUAAACACUUCAAUGAAUACAGCAAGGAAAAAGAAAUAAGAUAAUUUAUUUCAUUUCGGGCUCAAUGAAUAAAAUGUUAUGUAAAAGAAUACUACAGAAUGUUUGACAAAUGUAUUUAUAAGCGUUUUUUGACCGGUUUCCUAAAAUGUUACUGUAAGUUAAGUCAGUAAAUUUAUUACUGCAUGCUUUUUACUCAGUAGGUUUGAAAGAUUCUGCUGCCCAACCUGGUUUUGCUAGGGACCAAUGCUUUCCUCUUAUUUCCAAAACUUUAACCGUCCAAUUCUGAUAGCUGAGUUACAGUAAUGCUUACGGGUAAAACAGUUAAAACUGAGCUCAAAAAACAGUUUAAACUGGUCUCAAAAAACAGUUAAAACUGAGCUCAAAAAACAGUUAAAACUGAGCUCAAAAAACAGUUUAAACUGGGCUCAAAAAAAGGUUAAAACUGAGCUCAAAAAACAGUUAAAACUGAGCUCAACUGAAUAUUCAAGUUUCUAGAAAAUUCGUAUAGAAAUCCUUAAGAGUAGAUGUAUAAUUAAUUUGUAUGAAUGCUUUUGAUUGAGAUGUGCUUUCCUGAGGUUUUAAAAGACACCAGUAUUGCAUAAUCUUUUACAUAUUUUGUCACUAUCUCAUGAACGCUGAUAGCUAGAACAAUGACAUUUUUACUCUCCAGACUUCUGAUGAGACUACAUGACACAAUAUACGAGUUUUUGAUUUGACGUAUUUUUGAAGGUCACAGAGGUCAAACUCUAAAAUUUCAGCGAAGAUAGCACGUUUCGUCAUUAAUUGUCCUAGACUCUUCAAAUUUGAUAUGUAGACACCUAUUGGGCAUCUGUACUCAGAUCAAUGUGACCUACUUUUCAGGUGUAAGUAGGUCAGAUCAUAAAACUCAAUGUCAGUUAUAUCAAGAAACCUUUGUAUCCUUAAGCAAGACUCGUUGAAACUUUCUACCUGAAAAAGGGAUAUCAUGAAAAAUUGAUUACUGCCUGUAUGUUUGAUUUCCCUUGCUAUCCCCAGGUGUGAUUCUUAGGUUCCAUGAAUGCUACCCUUCCUGUUUCUA